AUGGCCCUGCGACGAUCUUCCACCGACGACUCCGUUGGGGUGGAAGACCACUCGACGAAGCGAGUUGCGGACGACAAGACUGGUCAUGAGGACACCGUUCGCGAUGUUGAAGAUGCAGUGCAAAACCUCACGGAGAAGCUUGGUGAUAACCAGAAUGGCCUGGCCCCCAUGGAUGACAUUCACUACGUCGUUGACAAAAUCGAUACCUUGACUGUCGAUGAGUGUAAAGCCAUCAUUCAAAAGUUGCUCAAGGAUCAUGAGUACGAUUAUAACUUCUCCUCCAGCCAGCGAGUGAAGCUCGCCGCCCUGGCCGAAGGACCUCUCGAGGGGCAGAGCAUCGAAGAAUGGGAGUUGGAACUUAAGACGGAGACGGCGGUGAACAAGUUCUACUCACCAUACCCUGAGGUCCGCGCCGUCACUACACCUACGGACGACGUCAACAUGCCCGCCGAAACCAUUCGCGCUCACCUUCUUGGCUACAUUUGGGCUGUCAUUGCCCAAUUCACCAACUCGUUGUUCAAUUCGCGUUACCCUACGAUCACUCUGACAUCUGCCGUUGUACAAAUUCUGCUCUACCCCUGUGGAAAACUUCUUGCAGCCGUCUUGCCAGACUGGGGCUUCAAUAUUGGUGGUAAAAGGGUUUCACUUAAUCCCGGGCCUUGGUCGUACAAAGAGCAAAUGCUUUCCACCAUCAUCGUCGACGUCGGACUUACCUCCGCCUACUGCUUCUGGAACAUCCAGACCCAGACCGUCUACUACCAUGACCAAUGGCUCACCCCCGGUUACGGUAUCCUGCUUUUGCUAUCUACUCAGCUCAUGGGUCUGGGAUUCUCAGGACUGCUCCGCCGCUUCGUUGUUUACCCCGCGGAAGCUUUGUGGCCGCACAUAUUGCCAACCUUGGCACUGAACAGGGCGUUGUUAGUGCCCGAAUCCAAGGAAACAGUGCACGGUUGGACGAUCUCGCGGUACAAGUUCUUCUUCUUCGUAUUUGGUGGCAGUUUCGUUUACUUCUGGCUUCCGGACUUCAUCUUCCCCGCCCUAAGUUACUUUGCCUGGAUGACGUGGAUCGCACCCAACAACUUCAACGUAAACAUGAUCACUGGUUCCCAAAUGGGUCUUGGUUUCAACCCCAUUUCGACUUUUGAUUGGAAUGUGAUAUCGGCUUACUCGUAUCCCCUCGCGUAUCCCUUCUUUUCUUUCUUUCAACAGUUCUUGGGCGCAAUCUUGGGCGGCUUGAUUAUCAUCGCACUCUACUGGAGUAAUGUUAACUGGUCAUCUUACCUUCCCAUCAACUCAUCCGGCAUCUUCGAUAACACCGGCAACUCGUACAACAUUAGCCAAGUCAUCAUUCCCGGUACUGGAACCCUCGUCGAAGAAGCCUACCAGAACUAUUCUCCCGCAUUCUACAGUGCUGGCAACCUGCUCCUUUACGGUGCAUUCUUCGCCUUCUAUCCAUUCACCAUGCUAUUUAUCUUGCUUGAUUCUUGGCGACCCCUUCUCAAAGCUUACAGGUCGAUGACACAGGCUGCUUUCUCGUCUAUUAAGAAGAUCUUCAUCGGCCUGAAAAAUGCGACGUCAUCACUCGCCAAGGGUCAGGUGCGCGAGGCGGGUCGGCACCUGGCCGACAUCAUGAAUGAUGAGACGUCAAUCUAUGACGGGUUCGACGAUCCCUUCACACAGCUUAUGCGCAGUUAUCCCGAAGUUCCCGAUUGGUGGUUCUUGAUGAUCGCCCUUGUCGCCUUUAUAUUCGCGAUAGUUAUCGUGACUAACUGGCCUCAGCUCGAUACACCUGUUUGGACGGUCUUCUUCGUGAUAGCCCUCAACCUGGUGUUCCUUAUUCCCAUGUCAUAUCUCUACGCAAUCUCAGGUACGACCGAGGGGUUGAACGUAGUUACGGAGCUGAUCAUUGGCUACGCUUUACCUGGACGCCCAGAGGCGCUCAUGUUCGUCAAGGCAUUCGGAUAUAACAUCAAUGGCCAAGCGGAUAACUACAUAUCCGACCAGAAAAUGGGUUUCUAUUCCAAGUUGCCCCCUCGGGCAAUGUAUCGUGGUCAAGUGACGAGUGCGGUCAUCACGGCCAUCGUUGCCUACGGAGUGGUGCAAUGGGCUGACAACGAUGUUCCUGGAAUCUGUACUCCAGACCAGCCCUCCCGCUUCAAUUGUGCGAACGGCUCCAAGGUUUACUUUUCAUCCUCUGUCGUCUGGGGUGCCAUCGGCCCAGGGAGAAUUUUCUCCCAGAUUUAUCCAGCUAUGAAGUACUGUUUCCUGCUAGGUUUCCUCCUUGCUCUCGUUUGGUGGAGCGUUAAGCGAUUCGGAUCAUCCAUCCGCCAGGCCACGAAAUCCGUCUUGCCCGCCGCAGUCUUCAAGCCGAUCAACGCCGCCAUCUUCACACCAAUCUCUUCGCUCAAGCAUGUCCAUCCUUCUCUCCUAUUUAACGGAAUGCUGCAGUGGGCGCCGUUGAACCUCACCUAUUGGACUGGCGGCUUUUAUGUCUCCUUUGCCUUUAUGUACUACCUCAGAAGGUACAAGACGGCGUGGUGGGAGAAAUACAACUACGUACUCUCAGCCGCACUUACCGGUGGCGUGGCUUUCUCCGGCCUCAUCAUCUUUUUCGCUGUUCAAUAUCAUCCCCAAACGAUUGACUGGUGGGGUAAUAAUGUACUCGGGGCAACACUUGACGGAGGAGCUGGUCAGGUGGCUUUGAUUCCUGACCUGCCUGAAAAGGGAUAUUUCGGUCCCGACACAUGGUCCUAG